CUUAAUCAUUGAGCAACACAGUCAGCACAGCACUGAAACACAAGCUGUCACAGUUUUUCUGGCAGAGAAGAUACAAACGGCACAAGCAUGGGAGAGUGGGGCUUUCUCUCCAAGCUGCUGGACAAAGUGCAGUCUCACUCCACUGUCAUUGGGAAGGUGUGGCUCACUGUUCUCUUUGUCUUCAGGAUCAUGGUUCUCGGAGCUGGGGCUGAAAAGGUGUGGAGCGACGAACAAUCAAAAAUGAUCUGCAACACUAAGCAACCUGGUUGUACAAACGUCUGUUACGAUCACACCUUUCCAAUCUCCCACAUUCGCUUCUGGGUACUUCAGAUCAUCUUUGUGUCUACUCCAACACUUCUAUUCUUCGGUCAUGUUCUGCAUAUCCUCCACAAAGAUAAGAAAUUAAGACAGCAGAUUAAAAGCUAUGAGGAAAAGCAAGGCCUCAAACAUUCCAAAUACACUAACGAUCAUGGCAAAGUUAUAAUCAAGGGUCAGUUAUUAGGUAGUUACCUAGCCAGCCUGUUUGCUAAGAUAUUGCUUGAGGCUGCGUUUAUUGUAGGUCAGUAUUAUAUUUACGGUUUCAUAAUGAUCCCUAAGAUAGAAUGCUCCCAGUCUCCUUGCCCUCAUACGGUUGAGUGUUACAUGUCUCGUCCCACAGAGAAAACCAUCUUUAUUAUCUUCAUGCUGGUGGUGUCGUGUAUCUCUCUGCUUCUGAACGUGGUUGAGAUGUUCUACCUGAUAUGCCGCAGGUCAAAGAGACAUCGUGAACAGAUGAACAGAUGAAAGACGUUCUCGCAAGGUUUAAACGGACCUUCAAAGUCUACCUAAACUUAAGACUGAAAAGACCAUGUUUGAAGUUUUAAGCUCUUCCAUAGCUACAUGAAUUUAAGAUCUGGGUAUUCAAAUUCAAGCCAUUUUGUGAUCAUUUUGUUUUGCACAGUUUUUGUUUUGCUGUGAUAUGAUAAUAUGUAUUUUGAACAAUGUUUGCUCGAGAAUGAAUGUUAAUGUACAUCUGCAUGGUGCCACAGGGCAUUUCAGGUAAUUUUAUAUGGACUUUUAACCUUUAUUAAUGUAAUAACUUGUCAUAUGACCUACCAUUUAUUUCUUCUUAUAAACUUUUGUGAUGCUUUAA